ACUUCAAAAAAAGCAGAUGCUGGUAUUUCUUCAUUCACACAGUUGCUGUUCAGCUGCCAAUCUGUCUUCUGACUACUUUGACAUUCGAAAAUCUGAGUUAUGGAGAAAAGAACUGGAGUCUUCAGCAUUUUCUUAGCAGUCUGCUUCUUCCAAAUAAGUAUCCCAGCCCUGUGCCAAAAGAUGGAGACGCUGCUCUGUUAUGACUGUCCCCUUGGAAAACGUUGCUUGGAGCCAUCACUGGUGAGCUGUCAGGAAGGAGAGAGGUGUAGCACCAUCAAGGGACUUUCAGAUUACAAAGUGCACGAAUACAUCUAUGCGAGGGGCUGCAUCCCGGAGACACAAUGCAAUAAGUUGGACAGGGCUUUGUACUCAAAUGCCUCCUACCGGGUCAAAGUCUCCUGUUGUGAUAGCGAUCUCUGCAAUGGGAGUAACUCCUGGACAUCCCAGACUUCUGCCACGUUCUUCUUCUUGCUGGUUGCGACCACAACUGUAGCUGUUCUGCUUUCUGCUUGCUCCUGAGAUACAAAAUUCAUCUGCUUUUUCCCACAGUCAUAGCAAUGACUGAUCCGCUAAAUAUCAACAAUUAGAAACUUUACUAUAGGGGCCUAGAUUAAAAAGUUAGUGUUCUGUUGGACGCCUGGUAGAUUCAUUGCUAGUGCACAUAAUACAGGUGGUCCUCACUUAUCUGCCACAAUGGGGAGUGGUAACUCUGACUCUAAGUGAUGUGGAUCCUUAAGUACGACUUUAUGUGGCCCUGACCUACAACUUCCCGUUGACUUUGCUUGUCGGAAGCCAGCUAUGAAAGUCACAAAUGAUAAUCACGCAACCACUGGGAUGCUGGGAUGCCCACAAGGUCAAGGCUUGAUCAUAACUCUCCUUUUUCAACACCAUCGUAACUUCAAACAGUCAUUGAAUGAGGCAAUCAGUAAGUGAGGGCUACCUGCAGUUGAGGCUACACAAGCUUACUGCAAUAUAACACCCAUAUAACUCAUUAGGGCUUGCUUCAAAAUAAGCAUGGCUAGAAUUUGGCUAGAAGUUAUUGGUCAGAGAUUAUAAUAAUUGUACUCCAAUGACUCAGGGGGAACCCGCUUUUGUGAAAGACUGCCAAUUUUCAUCUCUACAACAUGGAGGCCAUCAGGACACCGAUCUACUUCAAAGAGUCUUGCAAGAGUUAAUAUCAACUAAUUCCAUUAAGGGGUGCAGUGGCUCAUUGUCUUAACAAAGCUGGAGAUAGUCUCAGUUCCCACUGUUCGAGCCCUAGAUCUGCGUGGCAGGGUGAGUUCCCAUCACUUGCCUCAGCUUCUGGCCACCUAACAGUUCAGAAGCAUGUUCUAUGCAAGUAGAUAGCAAAGUACCACUUCAUUGGGGAAUUGGUGCUCUGUGCAGGCAGUCAGAUUCUUGAUGGCUCUGAACCUUCCCGGUUGUGGAAAUCAUCUGCAAGGCAGCUCUGGGAAGGGAGGGGGCCUUGGAUGAUACUGCAGGAAGAGCCACUCAUUUUUCUCUCUGGUGCAAAGCCAGCUUGUCCUCCUAUGGCGCACCUUGGGAAGCAUGCAAGCAUGUCCUAUUACAUGCUUGCAUGCCAGACCACUCUGCAUAGACUACUCUGCAUAGCAUUGUGGUCUCCUGGCUACUGUAACAAUGGCAUAUGCUAAUAAUAAUAGCUAACUCCAUUUAAAAACAGCUGGAACUGUAACUUCUAAUUAGGAUGGAAAUGUAGAUCUUUGACCUUAACACAUGCUUGGUAUCAUGCAUCCUUGCAAGGAAACUUGGAGAUACCAACGACAGAGUGUCGUUUCAGAGUUUGCUCUGUACAAUAGCAGCCUACACCCUUAGGACUCCAUAGAAUAAUAUGAUCGGAAGAAAUCUUGAAUCCCAUGUAUUUACUUAAUGAUAAGCAAGUUGCUAUUAUUGUAAUGACGUUUAUUUGCCACCCAUCUCAUAUCCAAGGACUCUUGGGUGUCAACGUUGUUUCAAUAAAGUUUCAAUGUUUUUUU